CCCACCACCCACCCCGCCGCCGCCUCACAGCGGCGUCUCGCGUCUCGCCUUCACGCCACCAAAACAACACCCGCCUCGUCAUCAACACCACCACCACCAUCACAACAGCAGCAGCAGCAGCAUCACCAUCACUAACAAGAGCUCAGGCGGAUAUCUCAUCGCUGCUUGGACAGCAGGGGAGCGAGCGAAGAGAAGCAAUGGCCGGGGGGGGCGCGGCGCGGCUGUGCGCCCCGGGCUGCGGGUCCACCUUGAGCGAGAAGCGCCGCUGUGGCGACGAGGUGUGACGAGGUGUGAGCUCUCCCACACGAGCUGGUGGUGGUGGAGGAGAAGACGACGAGGAGGAGGGAGGGGGGAGGAGGAGGAGGAGACGAGGCGAGCGGACAUGGCCGUGGCCGCGUUGCUGCUGCUGCUGGUGGUGGUGGCGCUCGCCGGCCUCGGGUCGCCUCCGCCCGUGCUGUGCGGGGCUUUGGAGACGGUGUGCGCAUGGUCCGACUCCAUUCCCAGCCAGAACCCUAUUAGCCUGGGUAAAGACGAUGACCUCAUUCUCCCUGAGAACGGCACGGUUCUGUGCAAGGGCACCAGCAACUGCUUUGGGCUGUGGGCCAAGGAAGAGAAUGGAGAGAAAGUCCUCAAACAAGGCUGCUGGUAUCACACGGGCGAGUCAAAAGAGUGCACACAAGAUGCGUGCAGGGUCACCUCGCCUCCAGCCUUUGUGCGCAAUGGGACCACACGCUUCUGCUGCUGUCAUGCACACAUGUGUAACACCAACUUCACAGAGGACUUUGCCGACUUGCCAUAUCUACCCACAGACCCCAGCCAGCUAGUGUCUCAAAGCAAGGAAGAGAUGGUGAUAUUUACAUUGGCUGCCAUCUGUUUUGUGGCCGUCCUUACAGCGGCUGCCUUCCUGUUCUUUAGGUUGUUUACAGGAAACAGAAAAGGAGGGUUUCAUAACAUUGGUCUAAUCGAGGCCCCACAGCCAGAGUCUACAUUUGACUUGGACAGCCUCAAGCUCCUGCAGGUGGUGGGGCGAGGCAGGUACAGUGUGGUAUGGAGAGGAUCUCUGGAUGAGCUCCCUGUUGCUGUGAAGGCUGUCGCCGUUGCACACCGGCAGUACUUUCACAACGAGAAGGACAUAUACCGCCUGCCACUCAUGGAGCAUGACAACAUUGCGCGCUUUGUGGCAGCCGAAGAGAGGGUGGCGUCCGAGGGCCACCAUGAAUACUUGCUCAUCCUCGAGUAUUACUCUCAUGGCUCCUUGAGUAAUUAUCUUACCCACCAUACAAGCGACUGGAUGUCAGCAAGCAAGCUGGCUUAUUCCAUCACCAGAGGCCUGGCAUACUUGCACACAGAGCUACAGCGGAAUGACCAGUACAAGCCAGCAAUAGCACACCGGGACCUCAACAGUCGCAAUGUGAUGGUGAAGAGUGAUGGGUCGUGCGUGCUGGCCGAUUUUGGCUUUGCUAUGCGGCUGACGGGCCAGCGGCUCGUCCGCCCAGGGGAGGAAGACACAGCUGCGCUAAAUGAGGUGGGCACGGUGCGGUACAUGGCGCCCGAAGUCCUGGAGGGAGCGGUCAACCUGCACGACUGCGAGUCAGCCCUCAAACAAGUGGACGUCUAUUCGCUAGGCCUUAUCUACUGGGAGAUAUACAUGAGGUGCUCCGACCUAUUCCCAGGCGAGAGCAUCUCCGAUUACCAGGCGGCAUUUCAGGCUGAGCUGGGAAACCAACCGACAAUCGAGGACAUGCAGGUGCUGGUCUCCCGUGAGAAGCAACGUCCAAAAUUUCCUGACGCGUGGAAGGAGAACAGCCUGGCGGUGCGCUCUCUGAAGGAGACGAUGGAGGACUGCUGGGACCAGGACGCCGAGGCACGUCUCACGGCCCAGUGCGCAGAGGAGAGAAUCACCGAGCUGAUGAUGCUCUGGGACCGCAACCGCUCGGUCAGCCCCACUGUGAACUCCACAGCCCAGGCCAGCUCGACUGCUGUCCAAAACGAGAGGAAUCUGGCAAGCAUGUGGCGUUUCCCACGACUCGGGCCUUUCCAGGAGUUUUCAUCAUCUUCGUACAUCGAAGAUGCAGGGCAGCCCUCGGACGGAUUCCAGAAAAACCUACCCUCGGAUCAUUCCAGCUCAGGCACCCAGCCUGCCAUUGAUGCCAAGAAUCGCAAUUCCAUAAACUAUGAGCGGCAGCAGGCACAGUCACGAGCAUUCAGCCCGGACACCAGCCUUACCAGCCUGUCGGCCUCACACACACAAACACCAGGCGUGCCCACCACAUGCCUCAAUCCCAUCCUCGAGGUGGCACCAGGUGCCAUUGGUCAGGUCACACGCUCACCCAUUGUUGCACAUGUGCCGAACCCUGCCUGCCUGCAUCUUACUGAAGCAGACCUCAAAGCCAUCAAGAUUGAUCCUAAGGAGGCAGACAAAAACCUGAAGGAAAGCUCAGAUGAAAACCUUACAGAGACCUCAUCCAAACAGUUUAGUGGGAAAGAUCCACUAAGCAGCAGCAACCCGAAUUUGCUUUAUCCACUUUUUAGGCUUGCAUCAGAGUCCAGCACUCCAGCUGAGCUGCAGCCUCAGGUGUGUCAGGUUCCUAAUGCAAGUGCAGAACAGGCAUCCCAGCCCUUGCCAAAGCAACCCAACCUGCCAUGUCGCCCUACUAGUCUACCUUUUACUGGUCUAGUGAAAGCCAGAGCCAUGCCACAUGGAGACAGAGCUGGUGGCAGAGCCUCAAGCAGUGGGAAAUGCAAUCUGCUGCAGGUGGAAACGGGUGUGGCCAAGAUGGAACUGCAGCAGGUGGCCAAGGCACAAGCAGUGGUCAUGAUGGUUAAUAGUAACGCUCCUCGCGUCAAUGGUGUCAUCCCUUCUUGCAGCAGUAUUGCUGUAAAUGCACCUGCCAUGAAUGAAGCAGCACUUGGUACAGCAACGCAAGCACUUAUGGUUGAGAUAACUGCAGAGCCCUCCACGAGCACAAAAGUGAGCGGCGGAAAGUUUCAACCACAACAUGCAGAAGAGAAUGGCCUAAGCAGCCAACACUCAAGUCCAGAUGAGAGCCAGCCAUUACUUGGGCGGCCAGAGAAAGAACAGCAACCUUGCCCUGUAAGGGACUCCUGCUCUGGGAGGGAUCAACAGAGCUCUGAGCACUUGGCAGCCGAUGAAAGGGUUGCAGCAUUGCCAUCAGGCCCAAACGUGCACCUUAAUAGCAACAAUAAUAACAGCAACAUGGCCGGGGUGGAAAGUGCCUCCACAAUGGUAGGCGCUUCCCUGGGUGUUGAAGCGACGUCGGAGAGGCCCCAGUCUCUCACACUCAGCGUCUAUGAUGCAGAUGCUGAAAACUCAUCUAGCUCAGGUGAAGAAAAGCCUCUGUCCGGUGAAAAGAUCAAGAGACGCGUGAAGACGCCUUACUUGAUAAAACAGUGGCGUCCCACUACCUGGGUCGUAUCUGCAGAUUCCAGCGGUCCCGCACGAUCGCUGGGCAGCCUGAAUGGAGCCAAGGCCCCAGUAGCUGCAAUGCUGCUGGCAGAAGAUGGGGGCCCAAUGGUACCACAGUCAUUUGGAGGCAGCAUGGUGUAAACCUUGCCUGGUUAUCCCUUGUGACAGGCACGGCCUUUAUCUGCAGCACUUAGUGAAAUUUUAUUUAAUAUUUAAGAAAUAAAACAGUGAUGCAUUAGCAAAAAUCGACUUAGACCUUGGAGGUUUUGGAUAAUCAAAAGUUCAGGUAAUCGUGAAUGGAAUUGAAAGUUUACUUUAUAAUGUGAUUGCUGUCUGUUUGAGGACAUGUAGUGACAGGUUAAGUAACUUGUUUGGUUGUCAUUCAGGAAAUUGAGGUACCUGUAUCCUUAGAGCUCAGGAGGCUCAUUAGUGAUGUGUCAUUUCUUUGGUAUGUAUGGAAAUGUGGAAUUCCCUCAACAUAGUUAAAAUAGUGAAUGUAAUAUCCUGUUGCCAUAAUGGCUUGUCCUCAUUUACUGAUAUCAUAAAAAAUAUCUUUUUAAACAUGAAUAUAAUUUUAAAAGCAGCGUCAGUUAUUGUUUGUUUAGUAACUGUGAAAAAACUGCUUCGUAGAAUGUUAUUGCAUUGUGUGUAUUAUUUUCAUGGCUCACAAAAAUGAGGCAUGCAUGGAAGUGCUAAAGUAUAUUAUUUAAUUCUACGCAGAAGAAAAAUCGUGGUUAACUACAUGAAAAUAAACAGCAUAGCUUUCAAAAAAAAGUAACAACAUUUUCAUGCUAGUGUAGGUAUAAUAACAACAAAUAUUCGGAUGAAAAUAUAGGCGUUAAGAUCAUUUGCUUGUUGAGCAUAUCAACCUAUUUCUUCGUUCUGUUCACCUGUCGUUUCGUUCUGUACGUGUUCCAUUGGCCAGUGUGCACUUAUUGGCUUAUUGACUUAUUGAUGUUGCUCGGUUAAAAAAACACAUUAGUUUCAUCUGGAUGUCUCCUUAUGUACAGAUUGUGCUUAAGUCUUGCAAUGCCAUACACCCAAAUGUGUAAUGUUUGUUGACAAUGUGUCAUUCAUGUAAGGCAAGAGAUGUGAACAGGUUGUCAUAAAAAAUUAUACAUGCUAUAAUGAAGCCCUAUUUUAACAUCAAAUUUGCAAUACAAGUGCUGGUUGGAAUGGAAUUAAUUAUAUUUGCACAUAGACAUAUGGUUAAAUGUUAUUGUAACAAACAUUGAUUUCGAUGCGAUUUUAUAGUUGCAGAAGCUACACUUGGAUUUGUGUUGCGCAAAUUGUAUCGGUCUGUCUCAAUCUACUGUAGUUUUACGUUUGGCUUUGCACUUCUUUUUUACCCAUGUAUAACCUUUAGUUUUUGCUGAACAGUGAUCACUUUAUGGGGUCUAAAACUUUUUUAGGCAUACCUUAAAUUUAAAAGUUGUGCUUUUCUGGGUUCUUAACUGCAUUCGAUGUGCAAUAGCGAUUCUUCUGCAUGCUAUGCAAAUAUUGCCCUGUUUAUGAUAUUACUUUUUUUUGGCUACUUGGAUACUAGGUACGUACAUAACACAGGUUAUGUACACAUUGUAAAUUUCCGUACAACGUAUAGAGUAAAAUUAGAAUUGUAAAAUAUUUGUAUUUUUUUAUUUGUAUAACACUUAUUGAAUUUCCCAUCGCAAGGAGGAAAGGCUUGCGUGAUCUGCAGGCACUAAGGAUGCAAAACGUAACCCCUCUAUAUAUUGUAUAUUGCUGUUUAUUUGAUGAUGCUGAGACACAAUUGUGACUUGCUAUGAUACAUGGAGGCCUGGGUGUGUUAAAGUUUCGUUAUACAUUACACUACGCACUGUUCCACCUCUACAUCUUGUUGUACAGUGACCAUCUUAAUUGAAUUAACACUGUUGUGCUGCUCUCUUCAUUUCGUCAAUUCAUAUUUACUUUCAUGCAGUCUUUUUAAGCAAAAAGAUUGCACUGGAACCUGCUCUGAAGAAUAUAGCAUAUUGGAUAAAGUAAACCACUAUGCGACCAAAUAAUGCAAUGUGCAGGAUGAUUUGAAACCGAGUUUAUCUCAUGAAAAAAAAUAAGAUAAAAAUGCAGUCUGCUAUAUUUUUAUAUCAACUCCAUACAAGCUUAUCAGGAAAUGUGAUGUACAUUUUCUGACGUCUAAGCCAUGUCAAAAUAUCGUGUACAAUGUUUAUAUCGAUCGAGAGGUACCAAAACUUUGGUAUGACUUCAGUAGCUCAUACAUUGGUGUACUAUUAGUCAGCUGACUAGCUUUGAACUUUGUGUGUGGGUGUCACCUUGCUUGAUAAUUAUAAAACUGAUAGUCCUCGACCAACAUGUGGAAACUUGGAGGAUUUCACAUUUGACUUUACUGUUAUAUGAAUUGAAACAAUUGACAUGUAUGAAGUUGCAUAGUUUUGCCUCUGCUUUAACUUGCAAAUAAAAAGGUCAUGUUAA